ACAUAAGCUAACAAGUCAAUCAAUUAAGCUAAAUCCAAAUCCAAAGACCCACUAAAAUGCUUGUAUCUACUACUGUAUCUAUCAUCAACCAUGUAAAAAAAUUCAUCAAAAAACAAGAAUAAUAAGAAAUUAAUGGGUUUGUGCAAUAAUAUGAAAGGGGUUGUGAUAAAGGCAUGGGAAAUGGGACGAUCCGACCCGAGAAAAGUGGCGUUUUCAGCAAAGUUGGCUUUGACUUUAGCUUUGAUAUCUUUGUUCAUAGUUUGGAAAGAGCCUUUUCCUGACAUCAGUGCACAUUAUGUUUGGGCUGUUCUUACUGUUGUUAUUGUCUUUGAAGUCAGCAUAGGAGCAACCUUUAGCAAAGGAUUUAACCGUGGACUUGGGACUUUGUCGGCUGGUGGACUUGCUGUAGCCAUGGCUGAGUUAGCUCGCUUUUGUGAACGAGCUGGUGAUGUAUGGGAUGAAGUUGCUAUCAUUGUUAGCAUACUUACAAUUGGAUCACUUGCAACUUUCGCAAAACUUUACCCUACAUUGAAGGCCUAUGAGUAUGGAUUUAUAGUGUUCACUUUGACCUAUGUGUACAUAAUGGCUUCUGGGUAUCGUGCAAGUGACUUUAUAGAUACUGCCAUAAGUUUUUUUUUGCUAAUAGCACUGGGUGUCGUUGUUAGUGUGCUUGUGAAUGUUGGCAUCUAUCCUAUCUGGGCUGGUGAAGAUCUACAUAAUUUGGUGGUUAAGAAUUUCAACGGCGUUGCUAAUUCCCUGGAAGGUUGUAUUAAUUGUUAUCUCAAUUGUGUUGAAUAUGUAAGGAUUCCUUUGAAUAUUCUUACUUACCAAGCUCAUGAAGAUCCGCUUUACACCGGCUACAGAUCGGCCGUGGAAUCUAAAAGUCAAGAGGAUACUUUGUUGGGCUUUGCUAUCUGGGAGCCACCUCAUGGUGCUUACAAGAUGUACAAGUUUCCUUGGAGAAACUUUGUGAAAGUUAGUGGUGCUUUACGGCAUUGCUCUUUUAUGGUUAUGGCUUUGCAUGGAUGCAUACUUUCGGAAAUACAGGCUCCUGCAGAGAGGAGGCGAGUUUAUCAUGUCGAACUUCAAAGGGUAGGCACUGCUGGCGCUAAUGUGUUACGUGAACUUGGUAACAAAGUUAUGAAAAUGGAAAAACUAGGGUUGGUAGAUAUUCUACUUGAAGUACACGAGGCAGCUGAAGACCUGCAAAAAAAGGUUGACAAAACGUCAUAUCUUCUAGUAGAUUCAGACAAUUGGGAUACCGGGGAACCACCAAACGAAGAUCCUGGAGACUUCAUAAACAUUGAAGAUCCAUAUGUAUAUAACGAAGACAACACAUUAAAUGAAGCCCAACUUGAGCUUGGAACAUUAAGGGGUCCCGGUAGUAUAAGUAACAAUUUACCUUGGGGGGGCACAAAUGGUCAUCACAGGUCAUUAACCCAACAAUUCUCGUAUAAACCUGAAAGAAUGGUGAUUCAAGAUGAACACGACAUGUAUCAUAGCGCUAGUUUACUUUCCUUAGUAACCUUUACGAAUCUUCUGAUUGAAUUUGUUGCGAGGCUCCAGAAUUUGGUGUCGGAAUUUGAAGAAUUGAGUGAGAAAGCAAAGUUUAAGGAUCCACUAGCAGAAGAAAUAAUGGAAGAGGAAAUCUGUGGGGUGUGGACACGGUUAUGGAGGCAUCCAAAGCCUAGAAAUAGAAAUGAAAACUUGUUAGAUUAAUUAGAAAACCGAAGUUUGAUAAAUACUUGUUAUGUUUUGUAGAAAACCGAAAUUUGUGUUGUGAUGCUUCAGAGUAGUAAGCCUGAAUUGAAUUUGGUUUUUCAGCCAUGGAAAAAAAGGUUUGACCUAAA